CAACCUUCGGUUUCACGUGGUUGUGUUUGUUUGUUGUUUUGAUCUCCAAUCAAUUUAAUAAUAUAAAAAUAAACCAUGGCGUUUGUGGUGCCUCCUUGGGAAAAAGGAGCCGAAGUAAUCCAAUUCAAGCCGGUGCCUGGCGCAAAUAAUGGAACUGCUGCCAGCAAGGCGAAAGCCAAAAAACUCAAAAAGAAGAAGCCAAAGAAGUUAAAGAAGUCUGAAGGGGAGAAAUCGACGCAGCCAAAAAACACAACUUACAGACUGGGCCAAGGACCGCUGGCUCCUCCGCCGGAUUCCAAUUCGUCAGAUGACGAGGCGGACGACGAGAUGCGGGCCAUGCACAAGGUGAGAAGUGGGAGGAUUGAAAAGCAGCGACCGCCCGCAAAAGCAGCGAAGGAUCAAAAGAAGCAGUUGACACUGAAACCAGCUCUGGUUCAAGCCGCCGUCGAGGCGAUGGAUACGACACACGCUCCGGCAACACAAGCCACGCUGGCCAACAAGCUGCAGUCGGAACUCCUAGGAGGUCGCUUUCGGUACAUCAACGAACAGCUGUACACAAUGAACAGCAAGAAGGCCGAGGAGCUUUUCCGCUCGGAUGCGGACGCCUUCGAGGCCUACCACGCCGGCUACCGUCAGCAGGUGGAGAAGUGGCCCUCGAACCCGCUGACACGCAUCAUCAAGACAAUCAAACGGUUGCCCAAGACAGCUGUCAUCGGUGACUUUGGCUGUGGCGAGGGUAAGCUGGCGCAAUCCGUGCCCAACAAGGUGUACUCCAUGGAUCUGGUGUCGACCGGCAACGGGAUCAUUGCCUGUAACAUCACAAACACUCCUUUGCAGCCACAAUCACUGGACGUGGCCGUCUACUGUCUGUCGCUGAUGGGCACCAAUCUCAGCGAUUAUCUGCUGGAGGCGAACCGAGUGCUCAAGUUGCAUGGCAAUGUUUACAUCGCUGAGAUUCAAUCCCGAUUCGAGGAUGUGCGCGAGUUUAUGCGUUGCAUGAACGCCUGCGGAUUCGAUUUGAUUAAGAAGGAUGUGGCCGUGAAUUACUUUUACUUCUUUCACUUCCGAAAGAUGCGCCAUGUGGGCAAAGAUGUCAAGCUAAAGCCUUUCUCCCUGAAGCCGUGUCUUUACCGAAAGCGAUAAGAACGAUACAUACAAUAAAUAAAUGUAGUUGAAAAUUUAAA